AAACUUAGAAGUGGUGGCACUGUCCUGCAAUGCUUCUUUCUAAACCUGCUUUCAACACUAACAUACUUUUGAGGAAGAAAGUACAUGGCCAUGCCAUCCACUUCUAAAAGAGAGUGUGGCGUGUAUGUAGUCUGUGAAUUAACUAUGUAUGCUUUAUGAGAUUACUCUGGCAGUUCCAUAUGGGUAUGUGUCCUAGUGUCCACAGGAAGGCAGAGGUGGAAGGAUCGUAUGCAGUUGCGUAUCUGGAAUAGGCAACCUGAAAAGUGAUUCUGCCAAGGAAACAGAGAUGAAGGUACACAUGCACACAAAAUUUUGCAUCAUUUGUUUGCUGACAUUUACCUUUCAUCAGUGCAAUCAUUGCCACAAAGAUGGACAUCACCGUGGUCCCAAAGGGAAAUGUGGACACUACCAUAAUGACUGUCAGAUCUCAAAUGAUUCCUACUUCCAGAAUGGAGGAACAGAAUCUAUGCCGAGUAAAUUUUCAACGUUGGAAGCUGAAAAUGAACAAAAAUACUACAUUGAAAAGAUUUUUGAUCGUUAUGGUGAAAAUGGAAGAUUAUCCUUUUUUGGCCUGGAAAAGCUGUUAAUAAGCCUUGGUUUAGGAGAGGUAAAAGUAGUGAUGAUAAAUCAUGAUGAUAUUGGCCAUGAUCAUGUUUCCCACUUAUAUGCUUUAGAAGUCCAGGAAGGAAAGCAUUCUCACUCUCAUAAUCAUCCUCAUAGCCACUCAGAUUCAGAAAACCAAACCAUGGCUGUAAAGAGAAAUCAUAAGUGUGACCCUGAGAGAGAGACAGUAGCACUAUCAGUAAAAGAUGAUGGCAAACACAGUCAUGACCAGAGUCGUCAUCAUCGUCAUCACCACCCUCGUCUACAUCAUCAUGACCAUAAUGGUACACAUCAUUCUCGUAAUGAUUCAGUUAGUCAUAGUGAACACGGAGAACAGAACCAUGAACCUUCAACAGAGACAAACACAACUCAAGAUCAGCCAGAAAGAAAACAGCGCAAACAGAAGAAGAAGCAAAAGAAGAUCAGUGAGACUUCAGGAGACUAUGCCCCCGAUCAUGAUUCGGGUGAUCAGCAUGAGCACAAUCGUGUUCAUAAACUUGAUCAUGCACAUGAUGCAUCUCACUUGCAUGUACGCCAUCAUGAACACAGUAGCGAUCAUUCUACUAGUCGUGGACAUCAGGAUUCCAGUUUAGGUAAUGAGGAUGGGCACCACCAUACCAGCAAACGAGAGGCACCUCGUAAACAGAGUAGUGUAAGAAAACGUGCUCUUUUUCCAUCGCAUAGUCAUAAGGAUCAUAAUGAAGAUGAACGUGGUCGUGAGGAGUGCUUAAAUGUUACCCAGCUGCUACGGUAUUAUGGUCUGGAAACCAGCUCUCCGAUAUCUCCUGAGUUGUUUGUAUACAUGUGUCCUGCUUUGCUAUACCAGAUUGAGAGAAGGCUUUGUAUUGUACAUUAUGAUGAGCUUGAAGAUGUUAUGAAAAGUAAAAACGCAUCAAUUGAGAAUAAGGAUAAAACAGGUGCAUCAGCCUGGUUUUGUGGUAUCAUCUCUAUCACCGUCAUUAGCCUGCUUUCCUUACUAGGUGUGAUCUUGGUUCCCAUCAUUAACCAAUGGUGCUUCAAAUUUCUUCUAACUUUCUUGGUAGCUCUGGCUGUAGGAACAAUGAGUGGAGAUGCACUCCUCCAUCUCUUGCCACAUUCACAUGGAGGCCACAACCACAGUCACCACCAUGGCCAAGGUCAUGUACAUGAACACAAGCGUUCUCAUCGACAUGCCCAUGGACAUGGAGUGCAGACAGAAGGCUUUCUGGAAGAAAAUGAUCCAGUGCUGAAAGGUCUUGUGGCACUUGGAGGCAUUUAUGUUUUGUUCAUUAUUGAACAUUGUUUAAGAAUGUACAAGCAUUACAAUAAACAGAAGAGUAAGCAGAAAUGGUGCAAAAACCCCCAGAAUGAAGAAUCACCAAUUGGAAGGAAGCUUUCUGAUCAUAAGUUAAAUAAUAGACCAGAUGCUGACUGGCUUCAGCUAAAACCCCUUGCAGGAGCAGACGACUCAGUUUUGUCUGAAGAUCGACUCAAUGAAACUGAACUAACUGAUUUGGAUGGACAACUGGAAUCCCCUCCCAAAAACUUCUUGUCUGUGGAAGAGGACAACAAUGUGCACCAUUCUCACAAUGAUAUCUCACGUGCUGCUCAAGAGCAUGAUCUUCAUGAUUCAGAGUAUGACAGCCAUGGCGAAGAUAAAAUGAUAGCUAGAAAGCACAGUCACCACUGGCAUCACAAACAUUCACAUCAUUCCCAUGGCCACUGUCAUUCUGGAAAAGACCUGAAAGAUACUGGGAUAGCUAAUAUUGCAUGGAUGGUAAUUAUGGGAGAUGGCAUUCACAACUUUAGUGAUGGCUUAGCAAUCGGAGCAGCUUUUAGCGCUGGACUUACAGGAGGAAUUAGUACCUCUAUAGCAGUGUUCUGUCACGAGCUUCCCCAUGAAUUAGGUGACUUUGCUGUGCUUCUUAAAGCAGGUAUGACAGUAAAGCAAGCUAUUGUGUACAACGUCCUGUCUGCCAUGAUGGCUUACAUAGGGAUGCUGAUAGGCACAGCAGUGGGACAGUAUGCUAAUAACAUCACCUUGUGGAUCUUUGCAAUCACUGCAGGCAUGUUCCUCUAUGUGGCAUUGGUUGACAUGCUUCCAGAAAUGCUUCAUGGAGAUGGAGAUAAUGAAGAGCAUGGUUAUUGUCCUGUGGGGCAGUUCAUUCUUCAGAAUCUAGGCCUGCUGCUUGGAUUUGCUAUCAUGUUGGUGAUUGCCCUCUAUGAAGAUAAAAUUGUACUUGACAUCCAGUUUUGACCUAAUUCUGGUAAUCACUGUGGUUACAAUAAUGUUACUGUAUGGCUUUGAGUCUGCACUGUUUCACUGUAUGCACAUUGCUCAGAGGAAAAGCAGUGGCUUGCACUACUUACACAACAAGUACAGUAUAUUAAUUUCUGUGUAGAUUAACUUCUGCUUUUUUUCUGAUUCAAAUCAGACGAGAUUACCCAAUGCAUCUUCUAAACUCGAGUGACAAUUAGGAAAUACUGAAUAUGAGAAAUAAAUGUCAAGUUCAUGUACUAGAUAGGAAGCACUGCUUGUUUAAGAAAGAAAAAGUGCAGUGACUGAUCUACACAUGUGGGAAAAUGCCAUUUCAUUAGUACAUUUGAACAGAACCCAGAAAAUGUUACAGCUGAAGUUCAUACCUCUGCAAGGAACCCGAGUAAGCUUUUAGUGCCACGUAAGUCUUAAGUAGCUCAUAUAUAUAUAUAUAUAUCUGUAUGUAUAUAUAGAUAUAUAUAGAGAUGGAUAUAUAGAUAUAUACAGAUGUGCAUGCCACGUACAUGUGCAUGCGUGUGUGUGUAUAUAUUCAUUCUGUGCUGAUUCUUCUGCAUAGUGGUGACUUGAAGUAUUAAAUCUCACAACAGCACAUGACUGGAAACCACUGUGCUGGUUUAAAUUCUCAAAAAGAAACCAAAAACCUUUAAACACUGUUUAAAUUCUUAGAAUAUGUGUUAAGCUGCAGUCCAUCAUUAUAAACUUCAUGUGUAAGAAGGCAGGCUGUUGCAAUAUAUUCUGCAAAGUGCUAUGUUCUGUCGAGGAUCAGUUUGACGAUGUUUUUCCUGACUAAGAUUUAUUUGAUGUUUGUUCCUUGGUAUUAGUAGGAAAAUGCAAAAUGCAGUAGAAUUAGUGUUAGCUUGGGGAAAUCCCUGAUGUUGGAGUUAUUGAGCUAUUUCUGGUUCUUUUUUACAGAUGCUAAAACAUGUAUUGUGUGCCACUUGCAGCAUAAACUACUGAAGAUUUGUGGCUGUGAAUUUGUGCAAACUUUUAACAGAGAAUCCAUAUGGGAAUUUUCUCCAUUUUUAAUAACAGUUGUUUUGGUCUGUUUUCUCCUCCUCAUGUUAAAGCAAUCCAAAGUGUAAGAAAGACACUAGGUUACUGAACCUGGGCACAAAGGUUAAAUUAUGGUCUGUGUAUGUAGUACUGGUAGGUUAUUUUCAAUACUGUAAUACCAGAUCAAAAUCUGUUUCUACAAUGUCUUUGAUAUCAGAUAUUUGAGCACCAGCCAUUUCUGGCAGUGGAGAGUAUGUAAGAGGAUUUCUACUUCCAGCAUAAAUGACUUAGUUAAUUUCUGUGAUAUUUCUUACAGUUUUGGCAUUAAUUAGAUUAUUACAAGCAGAUAUGAUAGACCCAUGGUAUGUGUAAUUUGGAAAGAUAGACUGAAAACUUGGGCCUUAACUUCUCGGAUCAGCUGUCCUAGAUUGGAUUAUGCUGAUAUUCUUACAUUGCCAGACAUGAGUUAGUUCUUAUACCCAUCUCCUUAAAAACAUUAUGAGUUUGUGAGGAGUGCAAGUUGAUUCUGUAGUACCAGUCCUAAGCAUGGUAGUAGCCUUUUUUAAAAAUACAGUUCAUCUUCUUUUAUGCGUUUGCCAGGUAAAAGCUGUAUUUUGACUAUGUGCCGUAAGUUUUGUUUAGGUCUGCUUGAUGCCAGUGUAACUGCUAAGAACACUGAUUCUAACGCCUUUAAUGAGAGCCAGUUGGUAUCUUCAUUCCAUUUCAAGUUAAUGUGUUUCCUGUGGCCCUUUAUGUUUUCAAGCUUCAAUGGUCAAUUUAAUUUUUACUGAGGGCAGCUUAUGUAUGUUAAAGAUAUCGGUUGGUUCUUGCCAGUAUUUCUUCUAAUGCAGUAUCAAGAAACAGUAUUAAGGGUCCAUUUCAAAGACGGGCACAGUUUCUUCAGUGAAGAAGCCAAAAGCCCAGAGUUCAGGCAUGCAGCCAUUUGAUGCUCUGAAUUCAGGUUUUCUUUUUUCUUCUUUAAACACGUUUACUGUUGGACCCUAAUUAGCAAACACACUGUUGUUAGCUUCAGAUGACUGAAUUUCUGCAGUGUAAAGAUCCUGGGUGACAUUUUUCAUAGUGCCCAUGUCAGGUCACUGAGUACCAUUUUCAAAGAGAUUUAACUCACUGCAUACCUUCUGAGGAUCUAAUUUUAAGCAACCUGUUUCUUAGGUAUUAAACUGACCCUUUUCUGUUAAUUCUGUUGAGUAUAAGGGGUUAUUAUGUGGUUGAACUGAUAUUUUGUCAAAUAAUUUUUCAAAGGUUAUUCCUUUUAAAUCUGUUCAAAUGAAGAUUUCUGUAUUUCAGAUAGUAUAUUUACUUGUGUAUUAGUUGGAGUAUGGGUAUAGCUUAAUACACUGCCUUUAUAGAAAAAUAAUUAACUUCCUUCCAAGACCAUCUUGAGACAAGGGAAAAACAUGGUCCUUGAAGGUAGGUACUGUAUUUUUCAUGAAAUAUGGGUUAUUUCCUUUUAUUUUCUAGUAUUUAUUACAAGUUAUGAAGAGCAGUGUAACAGCUGUAAUUUCUGUAUGUUUCCACCAGUAUUGAAUUCCAGGUGAUUCUAAUGUAUGCUUCUGAGUCAUGUUACAGACAAUCUGAAUUCCACUACAUUUCUACUUGGCUUCAACAUUCCAUUCUGCUUGAAUCCAGAGUCUCAUUUAACUUGUAUUUGUUGGAGGGCAUAAAUGUUACUUGUAUAUUACAAUGCUGUCACUGUGUGACAUCCCAUAUGAAUUUUGAUGUAGAUCACAUUGCACUCAAUCCGCUGUGAUUAUGCUUCAAAAAUACUGUAAUUGCUAGAUGCAGUGUGAUUUCUUUAAAUUUUUUUUAACUUUUGUUUUUCUUUCCCUUCCCCAUUACCAAUUAAGUCUAUGGUUUAAAAUGUGAUUCUGGUCCUAUAAGAUAUAACUUGCUGAGCUGUCAGUCUUUUUGUUAAAACUAAAUAGGUUUUUUAAAUUUUAUAAAGCUGGAAAUGAUCAAAUGCUGUUUUGUUCAUUGUCAACAGUGUUGUGUUCAUUUUAUGUAUGUUCCUUAUAAAUAAGGAGCUUCCAGAAAAUAAAAUUAUUCAAGGAGCAGAGAUUUUUCGUUGGCUUUUAUACAGUUUUAUUGUGCAUCUUUGUAUUUUCGUAUUUGUACUUCAAAACUCAUGAAAGGCACAAAUGCAGCAUUGUAAACAAACUCAUUGUGAUUUCUCUUUUAACGUGGCCUUUCAGGACCAACAUGCAUCCUUUAUAAGGGGUCUGGAAAAUGCACCUACCUCCCAAAAUGGGGACAGGUCUAUGAAUUAAGCUGACAUAGUAACGCCACACCCCUUCUGAUCCAGUGCUCUUCGGGUUUGUCUGAAGCGAGAGUUACUGCGAUGACGAAGUUGGUGGAAUGGCCUGUUGUUGACAGAGUCCCUCUUCUCUCGCUGGUCUUGUACAAUGGGGCCAGGUAACUCGGUCUCUUUGGAAUCUCUGAUCUCUUACACGGCUUUAGCCAUAUCUGCAGUGAAGAAUAAAAUAAUCCUCCUCAUCUCAGUUAAAAAAAGAAACAGGGAACAGUCUCAGCUUUGCCAAAGUAUUGGGACAUUGUUAGUUUUUUGGUUUGUUUGCCUUAUAAAAGAGAGCCCUGAAACCCUGUUUCUUGUUACAAGAUUGCUUCCUCUCCCAAAAUAGGCAACACCAAACUUCCUGUGGCUGUCAUUAAUAGCAGAUAAUCUUAGCUCCUCUCAGGCAAUUUAUUUCUAUUUCAACACAAAACAUAUCAAUUAAAUUGUUUUAUAACAAUUACCCUGUUAAUUCCUCGAAGACUAGAAAUUCAAGAGUACUAAUUCUACAGCAUCUGUUAGUAUAUAAUACCAUAAAAUGUCACCGAACGAGAAAUACUGACCACAGGCACUGUAUCAUAGAGGACUUUUGGAUGAGAUUCUCCAAGCAUCUUAGUUUGCCUGUUCCAGCGUGCUCCAUCCAAGAACAACCCCUGAACGUAGACACCUGCAUCAGUUGGAAAGGAUAGCAUGUUACCCAAAACCUGCAAAUGACUGCUAGCUGAGACCAGCAGCUAGUGCAGUGCACUUUGGUAACUGUCAGUUAACUGAGUGUGUGGGACUUUUGUGUGUUCUAAGUGAUGAUGAAAUAACUUUGACUGUAGCAAACACAAUCGUAUGCUUUAUAGCUACAAUUCUGUAAGGUUUUAUAAAGUUACAAUGUCUAGUGAUAUUGCAGUGUAUCCAGCCUCUUGUGAAUGGUCAGUGACAGCUGAAAAGAAUGAUUCAUAGUACAGGACACUAUUUUUAAACUUGUCAUAAAGUUUUCUAUACAUACUACAUUUUGUCAGCUUUAAUGUUUCCAACCUUGGAGAUUUUAUCAUAUAAACAGUCUUUUGCUAUUUAGUCUUCUCACUGUUUCAUUGCUUAUGUUUAAAGUUGCCAUUUGCUUAUACUUUUCUAAGGCUGUUCAUUAAAGAAGUAAAUGUUUAAAAAC